AUGCGUGUAAAAAUUCUGUUUUUUGGAGAAGCUUCUGAAUUAGCCCAGAAAACCGAGGAUUUUAUCGAUUUUCCGGAAAAUCAAGAUGAGAUAACUUAUGAAAUUGCAAAAAUGAGAAUUUUCGAAAAAUUCAAAAAUUUACGAAAAAUCGAGAAUAUUUGCAUUUUGGCGGUGGAUGAGAAGUGAGUUUUGGGGAAAUUGAGGAAAAGCUGAAAAUCUGGAAAUUUUCAGAUAUUCUUCUCCUGGCGAAAUGCUGAAAUUGCACCAAUUUUCGGAAAUCGCCAUAAUUCCACCAAUUUCUGGCGGCUAA